AUGGCCGAGGCGUUUGGAAUGGCUGCCGCUGAUGGUUUACCGUUUUCGCCUGGUGAUCUUGGUCAUUCUGGUGGUUUAGUGCUUUGGAUCUUGGUGGAUCUUCAUGGCAUUCCAUUCAUGGCCAACAGAUACAGACGCAGCCUUCAUAAAAGUAGGCGGGUGCCGACGCUCCUUUGCGACUUGCUCAGAAGCGCCUUACGUUUUAUAGCAUAUAACAGAGUAGCCCAUAGGGCUCGUUUGCCAGCUCGCAUAGUAUGGAGUUCAUCUUCAUGGGUCGCAUGGAGUUGGAUGGAGCUAGAGGGGGCUCUUCCUGCGUCCCUCUCCCUUAUGGGUCUGCGCUCUAUGCACUCCAACCAUGCUCCUCCAUGCACUCCAUGCGCCGUGUGUGCUAUAGACUGCUCUGAUAUGAUUUUAACACGACUACAACAGCUUUUUUUUUCACUAUUUUCUAUUUAUUUUUUCCAUGUAGAAGAUGAAGGAAGCAAGUUACUUUCGAUUUCUUAUCGUUCGGACUAGGGGCGUAGUAUUACUGAAUAACGUAACCUUGUUGCUUUCCUUUUUUUGCGUAGAAGUUUCCGAGAGCUUUUCAGGGUCGGCACAAAAAAAACGGGGUUCGUUGUGUGUAAAAAUGCUUCUUUUUUGUUGUUGUUUCGACGAUCAGGAUUUUUUCUUUUCCUACGAUGAUGCAAAUGUUGUCGAUCCUUGGAGCGACCUCUUGCUAGGU